GGUCUGAGAGUGGCAUGACGAGGAUAAAUCUCAUUAUCCCCUCUAACCUCAAGUAAGAAUGUUUAUCGACGAAUUUACUCACGAGGAGUGGAGGGUUUGGUCAUCCAGCUUGCUCCAGGAUUAGAACCAGCCUCCCCUGCGCGCCGAACGGAUAAAUACCGACGCGCGCCACUCUCUGCUCAGUUUUUACGCGCAGUGUUGUUACGCACUGAUCUAGACGAGGAGAGCAGAGGAAAGUUUCAGCUCUACAUUUUUCUCUUUACUUUAAACUUUUUAAUAGAUCAAACAAGAACAUGUCGGUAAUGAGCGCAGUUCCGUUUAUGAGACCGCUCCACAUGCGCUCUCCGGUGCCGCAGGGCCGCCGACACACGCUGCCGGCCAGCGAGUUUCGCUCCCUCAGCCCGGAGGAUGCCAUCAGUGUGUUUGAGAUAGAAAGAGAAGCCUUCAUCUCAGUAUCCGGAGAGUGUCCCCUCCACCUGGACGAGGUGCGUCACUUCCUAACUCUGUGUCCUGAGUUGUCUCUUGGCUGGUUCGAGGAGGGACGGCUGGUGGCAUUCAUCAUCGGCUCACUGUGGGACCAGGAGAGACUUAACAUGGAUGCCCUCACUCUCCAUAAGCCCCAUGGGACCACAGUCCAUAUCCACGUCCUGGCCGUACACCGCACCUUCCGCCAGCAGGGCAAAGGCUCUAUCCUGAUGUGGCGUUACCUACAGUACCUGCGUUGCCUGCCCUACGUCCGCCGUGCCGUACUCAUGUGUGAAGACUUCCUGGUUCCCUUCUACCGGAAGUCUGGUUUCAAGGUGCAGGGCCCCAGUGAGAUCACUGUGGGACCCCUCACCUUCAUCGAGCUGCUGUACCCAGUCAGGGGCCAUGCCUUCAUGAGGCGAAACAGCGGGUGUUGAGGACAAAGAGACUUGAUGUAAAUCCCUCUUGGGUAUCCAAGAUGAUGAGACACCCUCUCUUAUGAGGCAAGAAGAGAAGGCAUCAGGGCAGGGGUGUGUGAGGUGAGCGACAUGUACAGUGUAUGAUCACUACUGCCACAAGACUUGUCCAAAAGGCAGGACUGACUGUGAGUCUGCAGAGAGUCCAAACAAAGACCGGCCGUCCAGCUGCAAACUACAGCUGUGGAAAGCUGGUCAGAAACUACAAACAUGGUGAUCUGUAGUUUAGUGUUAGAAAUGCAUGAAAUCAUGAGCAAAUACCUGCAAGAAAACAAGCACCAUCUUCAUUUUUGGUGUAUAACUAUUUACUUGUAUUUGGAUUAUUUAUUAUCACUUAGAACCAAGUGACCUUGUUUAUCUCCUUUUUUGCCCUAUUUUUAUACCUUUGUAUGUAUCAAAUAUAUGAUCAUCUGUGGCUCUAUUAUGAAGCCAAAAAGGACUAUUUUGGUCUGUAAAACUGGUCUCUGCCCAUGGUACGUAGACUGUCCAGGACAGAAUUGUAGGUUGCUUAUCACAGCACCAUUGGAGGAUUCUUGUCUGUGUACAAAUAUACAGUAACAUGCAAAAGUAAGCAGUUAACCUUCAAGAAAAAUGAAAAAAAAAGUCAAAGGGAGGAAUAUUAGCAAUCACCCAUCUGACUAGGAGUCAAGUUACCAUUUUUGUAUUUUAAGUCUGAGAUCUGCGGCAACAGGGUUGUGAAAGUCUGUGAUCUUUGCUGUACAUGAUGCAUGUAAAAGAGCAAAACUGAGCCUUGAAACAACUAAGAGUAGUUUGUGUAUACUUAUAAUCACAAGAACAUAAGUGUAUAUUUAAGUCCUUUAGUUUUUAAGUUUGUUGCUUUCGUCAUCUCUCCUUGAUUGUCUCCUUUCUCACUACUAGACAAUCACCAUGUCUGCCUCCCAAAGUCUUGAAUAAAGACACAUAUGUUCUGUUUUUUACUGAUAACAAAUUAAAGGUUUAUUUUUGAGUA